CAUGACGGCCAACCAGCAAGAAGUAUCCUUCAGUUAUUAGUUAGCUACCUGGUAUCGUAGCUUGUCAGCGUGUUUCAUUUUCAUGGGUAUCACUUUCCUCUUUUAGAUUUUCAUUGACUCUUGAGAGUGCCCAACGCUGAACUCCACGUUGCCGCCAUCGUGUAUGACACACGCGUGGUCUCUCGAGUCUCGGUUCGUGCAAAGUUUCGCUCUCUCAAAAAGAUUUACAUUGCAUCAAAUCAAAACAGCAUGAAAUCCAUGGCAUCGUCUUCUGCUAACAAGCGCCGUCGUGUCUGCGAAGACAAUGGUGGCAGUACGGCCACUACUAGCGUUCGCGUCAAGGUUGAAGAGGACCCGCAUAUCAAUGGACGUAAUGCGCAGCCCGACGAGACGCACAGUACAAGUCCUGUCGCAUCAUCCACGAUAAACAAGAACACGGAAGCGGUCCUUCUCGUUCCUCAGCUCGAUGUCCUUGCGCAACUCUUGACGGUCGAUUUGGCACAAGACAAUGCCGCCAAUGUGGCUCGUGCAUUGACAAAGCUCGCGGAACUCCUACGAAAGGAGGCGUCCGAAUGUCAACAAGCCAACCAACUCGGAGCUGCCGUGGUCGUGCUCACGGUCAUGCGCAAGUUCCAGCACCACAAGGGCGUGCAGAAGGAUGGAUGCAGCUGUAUCUGUUUGCUGGCGUUUGCCUGCCAAAACGAUCCGCAUGGCCGAAACACGUUGCUCCAGUGCGGUGCCGUGGAAGCCGCCCUCAAUGCAAUGUCGGUCUUUCCGAGCUCUCAAGGGGUCCAGAAACAGGCGUGCUAUGCUCUCAUGAAUACGCUUUCCCCGCCUUGUGGUGGAGGUGAAGAUGACGACGACAUGCUGGGACGAUCGAUGCAACGAUUCGUUCUGGAAUUGGAUGGCAUUGCGCGAGUCGUACAGACCAUGAAGGACUUUUCCACGGCCACGGAGAUUCAAGUGGCGGGGUGUGGACUUUUGGGCAAUCUAGCCACUCGACGAGCCUUUCACAACAUUAUGAGAGAAGCUCGAGCCGUUGGCGUGGUUGCGGCGGCAUUGGAGGAUCACGCGCAGCACCCCAGCAUUGUCGUCAAUGGGAACAAGGUCAUGGUGUGCUUGUUCUCCGAGUCGUCGUCGUCGUCGUCGUAAGAAAGCAAACAGGAGAAAAAGACGUCCCUCGAACGCGGUUGGGCAACGAGCGACAAGGCACAAGUAGUUGGAGUGGGACGACGUCACUGGUAUUGAGCUCCCAGAGGGUACUACAAUAAAGGCAAGGGGCGUAGCAAAUAGAAUCAUUCGAAUGAACCGAAGCAAUCAAGGAAUAGCUAUGCUACUGUAAAACUGUUCAGAAAAAACUAUAGAAAUCAUAGCACCGGUACGAAGCCAACAGACUACUAGACUAGUACUCCGUACCGU